GCUUAGAGACCGGUGAGGGAGCAGAGCUGGAGCUCCGCAGGCGCAGGGCGCGGCUUCCCUCUCCCCGGGCCUGGGGCCGCAGGCAGGUGGAGCCGAGAGGCCGGAGGAGGGGCAGGAGGAAAGGGUGCGGCCGCGAUCCAGGCCCGGAGCCAGCGCGGAGUACCAGCGCCCGGGGCGCACACCUUCGCUCGCAGUUCGCAGGCAAGCUAGUUUCCCGCCACCGCGCUUCAGGAUUAGUGGGAUCUCAGCUCACGGCAAAAGUGGGACAUCAUGGCAUCUAUGUGGGUUGGACACCGAGGAACAAUAAAAGAUUAUCCAGGCUUUAGCGCAUCUGUGGAUGCUGAAGCUAUUCGGAAGGCAAUCAGAGGAAUUGGAACUGAUGAGAAAAUGCUCAUCAGCAUUCUGACUGAGAGGUCAAAUGCGCAGCGGCAGCUGAUUGUUAAGGAAUAUCAAGCAUCGUACGGAAAGGAGCUGAAAGAUGACUUGAAAGGUGAUCUCUCUGGCCACUUUGAGCACCUCAUGGUGGCCCUAGUGACUCCACCAGCAGUCUUUGAUGCAAAACAGCUAAAGAAAUCCAUGAAGGGCACUGGAACAAACGAAGAUGCCUUGAUUGAAAUCUUAACUACCAGGACAGGCAGGCAAAUGAAGGAGAUCUCUCAAGCCUAUUACACAGUAUACAAGAAGAGUCUUGGAGACGACAUUAGUUCAGAAACAUCUGGUGACUUCCGGAAAGCUCUGUUGACUUUGGCAGAUGGCAGAAGAGAUGAAAGUCUGAAAGUGGAUGAGCAUCUGGCCAAAAAAGAUGCCCAGAUUCUCUAUAAUGCUGGCGAGAACAGAUGGGGCACGGAUGAAGACAAAUUCACUGAGAUCCUGUGUUUAAGGAGCUUUCCUCAACUAAAACUAACAUUUGAUGAGUACAGAACUAUCAGCCAAAAGGACAUUGCAGACAGCAUAAAAGGAGAAUUAUCUGGGCAUUUUGAAGACUUACUGUUGGCCAUAGUUCAUUGUGUGAGGAACACGCCAGCCUUUUUAGCUGAAAGACUGCAUCGAGCUUUGAAGGGUGCUGGAACUGAUGAGUUUACUCUGAACAGAAUAAUGGUGUCCAGAUCCGAAAUUGACCUACUGGACAUUCGAACAGAGUUCAAGAAGCAUUAUGGCUACUCCCUAUAUUCAGCCAUUAAAGUGGUGACUAGUGGGAAGAAGAAGGCAAGGAAUGACAGAGGUGAAAAAUCAACGUGUACCUCUUAUUACUUAUUAAGAAGAUAUUAUGGAAAAUUUAGAUGAAAUUAUGUUUUUUGGUAGUUUUCCUUGGUCAACAAAUCCUGUAUUUAUUUAAUAAAUAGCACAAUGCCAAGAUUUUUAUGGGAAAAUAUAGCAGCCACUCACAAUAAACUCAUAAUCUAUGAGGAGGUUUGAGGUAGUUAUUUAAAAAUUAUAAGAUAAUAAUUGAAACAACAUAUAAUUAAAUACUAUAUUGUUAGGUUUAGAACUAGUAACAUAGGAAUUGAGAAGAAAAGAAGUUUGGGCUUAGAGAAAUGGGUCUUGAGCCUUCCUUUCAGGUCAACAAGCAUCUGUUAAGUGUCUCCUAUGGGCCAGGUGCUCUGCUAGUCAAUGGGGUCUUAAAGGUAAAUGCUCUAGAAACAGGUAUAGGAAGAGGCAAGAAGGAAAGAAGUAAUAAGGCACUUGUUUGAUUAGAAGGUCUACCUUGGGGAAUAUUGUGAAAUAAAAUCCAAGUAGCAAAAUGAGUUCACUUGAAAGAGAGCUUUGAGAUCAGGGAAUUGUACUUUAUUCAUUCAACUAAAAAUAUUAAUCAAAUGCAUAUUAUGUGCUAGGCUCAGAGUUACAAUUAUAAGCAAAGGUGGUGGAAUGAGGGAAGACAUUUUAUGCCCUUAUAGAAUUACAACUGUGUUAAAUGUAAAGGAAAGUGACAUUAUGAUAAACGAUUCUAUAAUAGGAGGACUUGACUUAUGGGAAAGGCUUCUAUGAAAAAUCAUGAUUCAGAUCUGGAAAAUCAGUAGAUAUUAACAAGGCAAAAGUUAUGGAGGUAAGGGAGCCAGUAGAACAUUCUAAUAAAAGAAAUGACAAGUAGAGAGGCCUCAGAGUGGAAGAAGCAUAAUGAAAAAUAAGGAUGGAAGGACCAGAUCAUGCAGGACCUUUUUAGCAAUGUUUAAGGAAUUUUGCCUUUAGCUUAUGAGUAAGAGGAAGCUAUUGAAGAGUUCUGGGCAUGAACUCUUGAAGAGUUAGUAUUAUGAUCAUGAAAAGAUCCCUGUGAGAUCUCUUCAUUCUGGAGAAUGAAUUGGACAUAGGAUAGAAGAGCCAGAGGGUGGUGGUUUAGGAGGCUAUUACGGUAGUCAUGUUAGAGUAGCUGUGACUGGGUUGCUGGCAAUGCAAAGAGAAGAAAGAGCAAGCAGAGCUCAAAAGAUAUUUAGGAGUUGAAACUUAAGGGAUUUGGUGUGAUAUCUUGGUGUGAGGAAAGGAAGGUAGCAAGCAUGACACUCAAUUUCCUAACGUGAAAAACAGAUAGUAGUGCCAUUCCUAGCAAGAAGAUGAGGUUUUAGCUUUUUUGUUGUUGUUGUUGGGGGGAGGGUGGAGGGAAGUUUAUGAGUUUGGUUUUACAUGUGUUGAGUUUGAAAUGUCUUUGAACUAUGUAAUACAUGUGGAGAGGUCAAGUAGGCCAUUAGUGGUGUGAAGUAUACUUUGAGCUAUUUGGAUGUAUUUUCUUGACUACUUGGUAGAACCCCUAACAAUUGUUUACAACUCUGAUCAGAGAUGUCUAGAAGGAGGUGUUUUAAUACAAAACGGGAGCAUUGUUGACUUGUCAGCUCUGCUAUGGCAGAGCAUUACAGGAAAACUAAUAGCACAAGAACUAAAUUCUAUAUAAAACAGAAGAAUAUUGAGUCAUGUAUUUUGUGAAACAGACAAAUGAACAAAAAAUAAAGAAAACAGAACAAUAUAUAUACGUGCCUAUCGUGUCUUACUGUGAAAGUAGUGCUUAACUUCACUAAAUGAGCCUACCACUUACCCUAAUAUUUACCCCACUGACAGCUGUUUCCAAUGUCAAACUUAAGGGAUAAGACGUGCUCACUGGUUGGGUUGCCUCAAAUAAAAUAAAAAUAUUGUAAGCAUCUUACACAAUCCAGAUUAAAAGCCAAGUUUCACCUCCUAUGAGGUAUUUUGCAUUAUAAACUUGGUGUCUUUGCCCAUUAAGCCUUAACCUCACAUAGUAUCUUUUCUGAACAAUGAUCUAUUUUUGGUUGGCCUUGGGAAAAGGAACUGAUAAACAUAUUCUUUGAAAAUGUGGUUCAUUUCACUUUCCUAAGUCAGGCAGUGUAGCAGGUUAUUAAAGAGCCAGGAUAUAGGGACUCAAAUCCUGCUUUUGUCACUUAUUCUUGAUAAGAUUUGGGGCAAGUUUCCUAAUCUGUUUUUCUCAUUUUACUUAUCUGUUAAAUGGGGAUACAUAUAGUACCUGUUGCAGAGAACUUUUAAAAGGGUUAAAGUAGUUAAUACACAUUAAGCCUUCUGAAUAGCAAGUGUUUGAUAAAUAUUAUUAAAACUAUAAUCUUUUGAAGUUUUAGAAAUUAAAAUUAUGUAACUGAUGCAAUCUUAUUUUAUUAAACCCAAAUUGAAAUUUAAUUGGAAUAUAUCAGGAAGAAUCCAAAUAUUAUUUACUGUGAAGAAGAUGCUGGCCAAAUCAUAAUUACACUCAGGCAUGAAUGAAUGAUGGAAUUGCAGGUACAUUUUACUAACUGGCAUAGCUCAUGAAUCUCACACCCAGGUGAAUUCCCUAGUGUUAAAGGUUUUCAAUUCAUUUAUGAUCUCUCAUUAUUUAUAUUG